UUGAUUGGUGAAAGGUGAACGUUGGUGAAGAAAGAGCGCUUCGAAGAAAAUGGAAAAACGGUGGGAAAUUGGAAAAGCCCUCCAGUUAUGUGAUCAAUAUUGACUAAUGUUAUGGCUAUGUUGCCACAGUUCAUCUAUUUGGAGAUUUGGGUUCGACCCCAUUACGAGCCUGAUUGCUUUUCAUCGGCCGACGAUUAAUUUCCGUUCCAGUAAUUGCUUUUCAAUCCUGUUUUAAGUGAAUCGAAGGAUCCCUUCCGUUAAUCACGUAUCGGACUUAUGUAAGAGAGGGCAACGCCGCGACUACAGUACAUAAAGCUGCUCAUCAGGACGUACCUAACUGAUAGUGCACGGAUUUCCUCGACAUGAGCACUAUAUACAUUUGAGACACAAAUAUAUAGUGUAAACAGGUGUGAGAAGAGAGGUUCAUAGAGCGAGUGCGAGAGUGGUGCGUGGGCGUUUAGAUGUCAUCAGGAGGUGGAAGUGGCGGAUAAUCAGAAAAGUAGAGUCGAUGGUCGUGGUGGAGAGGAUAAUGUUAUCGACGGGUGCAGUGGUCCAAGAGACGAUGCAAUGUUCUUCUACUCAGUGAGGAUCUCGAUUUCGAAGACCGCAGUAUAAAUAAAUAAACAACAAAGAGGAACUGGGCAGAAGCCAAAGAGCACAAUGGGCUCUACACCUAAAACAAUACCUAUUUUACUAGUCACAGCCAAUGUAGGAUCAAUAUUCGAGGAUCCUGAGCCAAUGCUGAAAAUAUGGACAGAAGAGUUCCUAGCUACUGUGUCCAAGUUGAACCCGAAGUUUAUUGCACUGCAUUGCCAGGAGGUGGGUGGCAAGAACUAUGAGAACAGCAUGAGACAUGUCGAGGAUUUUGUCAACCUGCUGAUGCAAAGCAAUGAGCUUAGACUCUUCGACAGGGUCAGAGUGUAUUUGGAUGAGGACUACAGCUCUGCAGAGAACUUCACUGCUUUGGGGAACGUGUAUUUCGUGCACGAGUCCAUCGAGAACGUGAUGAUAUGGAACUUCAAAGAGCUGGAAUUUGAGGCGUGCUCGGGGAAGGAAAUCCAUUCGGGCAAUAUAGAGUCGGUGGUGACGAAGGAGAAGGCCAAAUUCCCGCAGGAUUUCUUUCCGAAGUGCAAAUGGUCGAGGAAGGGUUUCCUGCGCACCAGGUGGUCGAUCGAGGGCACCGUUUUCGACCUAAUCAAUAUCCAUCUAUUCCACGACGCUUCCAAUUUCAUAGCCAUGGAGGAAUUCCCAUCGGUCUACUGCAAGAACAGACGGAGGGCUCUGGAACAUACGCUGCAACGUUUCCAUGACGACGAGUACGGAAAGGCUCCGUACUUCCUCUUCGGCGACUUCAACUUCCGCACGGACACCGACGCCGUGGUCAAGAAAUUGACCGAUGGUUUGCGGACUGUGCACGUCCAGAACAACAAGAAUAACGAGCUGACGAAGCUGCAGUACACUAACGAGGAAAGCGAGGUCAUAUUGACCGUCGGCAAAAAGGAGUUCAACCAUUCCGAUCACCAGAACAUCUUCCUGAAUCCUUCAGUGACUUAUCUGAAGAGUUUCGAUAAGGAGAUGAGCGCUUUCGAGGAUAACCUGACCGAAUAUCCGGUCACGUUCCAACCUUCGUAUCCAUUCGAGGAAUCCGUGGGUAAAGGCUCCUGCUACAUGCAGACCAGAUGCCCGGCUUGGUGCGACCGCGUCCUGAUUAGCCACGCAGCCAAAGCGCUGAUCGCUGAAGAGACUGACAAUGUAAUAUAUGAUCUCAUGGGACGCAACACGUGUAUGGGUGAUCAUAAGCCGGUGUAUUUAAGGGCGACAAUCCUAUCCAACUCAGGUAUUAUUAAAUGUUGUGACCACGCGCAAUACGAAUGCUUGCCAGUGACUUGCCAAUGUUGUCGUUCGUUUGCUUCCGUUACUAUCAAUGUUAUAGACAUGAGUGAUUACAUGGUGAACACGCGAAAGAGUUACACAGAUGUGACGAUCAACUCGAACCUUCUGCACGAGCCGAUCACACGCGACAUGUUAUCGCACGAGCCGUACACGCCCGAAAGUGCGGACUCGCAUUCGCCGAAUCCCGAGUCGAAGAUCGAAAUCGACUUACGGACGUUGAGACGUAACUCGGUUUCGCCGCAACAGUUGAAGCGUCGCUUGGAAACGUUCCUGCUCGAGAACUCGCGAAGAAGCCCGAUGACCAGGAGCGUUUCCCACAACGUGAACUUGCACCAUCACAACCACCCCUUCAGGACGAGGACGAUGAGCGAGCACAUGAAAUCCAGUAGCAAACCCAAGUUGAUAUCCUCAAAUAGAAGCAUGCAUUCCUUAGCCCGUUUGCACAGCCAUCACAGCUCCAGCGACGAGGAUUGGUUCGAGUUCGAGGAGACGGCCGCUGCCACCAAAGCCGGCCAGAACAAGCUCAUCGAGCAAAUCGAUGUUAAAGCAACCUCAACCGCCAAUAAAGUCGAUCAAAAACGUAGCUGCUGUUGUAUAUUCUGAGUAGUUCUAAUAGUUUUUUUUUAGUAUAUUAGCUCACUUACUUCAUACAUGUUAUGCGCAUUCAAUGUUUUUUUUUUAA